GGCCUCCUCUGCCUUCGCUCCCCCUGCCAGCACGGGAAACACCACUGACAUCGGAGCAACUGACAUCAGGGAUCCUGGAUGAGCAGGGAAUGGAUCCGCCCACUAAACAGAUGUCUCAACUUCACAUACAGGAUAUUGCUCCCCCCAUCCUUUGCCUCACAAAAGGGGGUCAGGCCGCCUGACUCAGGCGACCCGGAAUGCCUCCAUACCUACUUGGGGACAAAUAAAAACACUCUGCCAUCAGGCACGGGGAAUAACUUCUUUGCAGGGCUCUCCUUCCUCCCCUGAGAAGAUGUUUAUUGCUAUGCUUGCCUUAUUAUCUUGCCAGACCCCCUCCUGGAUAUCCAAGUUGUUAUAAUACUGAGCCUUCAGAUGCCGUAUGGAACACCAUAGAUGAUCGUACAGGGUAUCCGAUUUGGAAAUCUUGUGCUUACCGUUUAAGAGCUGAUUAUAGAAUACCGGGAAGAGGGAAUUACAUGAUUCAAGACUGGAGUAACUCAGACCUAGGUAGGAGCCCAUUGCCCCUUGAUGACUUUCCCAGCAGAUUUUAUAAUUGGAAGAAAGAUUUUAUUUCCUGGCCAUUAAGCAUUACUAGAUGGCAUAAUAAUCGAUUUGUGUCACCCAUAUUGUCUUAUACAACUAAGAACAGAACCUCUUGGCAGCCAGAAAUUUGGAGGGCCCUUGCUGCCACUGCUCCCAUUUCCUUAUUCCGUCCAAAUAGCAAUUCUACUUAUUCUGUUUUAGCUUGUGUACCCUCACCUUAUGUUUUUCUCUUUACUAAUGACUCCAAAAGAUUAAAUGUACACAUGAAUUAUUCAGGUGGACCUAAUAUAGUAACUUGUGAACAAUGUGUGCUUUCAUCUUGUUUGACCCCCCAAUAUAAUGUUUGUUCUUUUGUUGUGUUGAAACGCCCACCCUAUCUCAUGAUACUUGUGUCUGUGCAUUCUUAUUGGUAUGAUAAUUACGGUUUGGUUGUAUUACAACAACUGCAGGAUUUAAUGCGAACACGACGGUUUGUGGGCUUACUUAUCUUGGGAAUAGCAGCUUUGAUAAGUGCAAUCACUUCUGUUACUGUGGCAGCAAUAUCAUUGACUCAACAAGUACAUACUGCUCAAUAUGUUGAGUCUAUGUCCAAAAAUGUUUCUUUAGCAUUGGCAACACAGGAAGCUAUAGACAGGAAAUUAGAAAUGAGGGUAGACGCCCUAGAGGAAGCAGUAAUACAUAUUGGGACUGAAUUGCAGGCUUUAAAGGUGAAAAUGGCAUUGUCCUGUCAUGCUGACUAUCGGUGGAUAUGUGUAACACCCCUGAAAGUAAAUGAGACAGAUUUUGAAUGGGAAAAGAUUAAAAACCAUAUUUCAGGUAUCUGGAACAGCUCUGACACUGGUCUAGACUUAGGGAAACUUCACAAUCAAAUAGCAACCAUGGAACACUCCCGAUUAGAUUUUACUGCCGCUGGAACAGCAAAUGAUUUCUUCCAUACUUUCUCUAACUACAUCUCAGGAAAGAAUAUUCUGUCUACCAUCCUUAGCUAUGCUGCGGUGGCUGCUUUAAUUCUGCUUCUCAUAAUCAUUCUUCCUUCUCUUCACACCAAGGCAGAGUGA